AUGCCAACGACGACGCGCCCGCCUCACCCAUGGACCACCGAGCCCGCGCUCGAGCGGUACACUGACGACCCCACCCCUCCCUUCCUCAUGUCCACCGCGCAGCUCCUCUCGCCCGACGCGCUCCGGCCCGUCCCCAUCUCCCGACCCUACUCGGACCAUCCCGACAAAGACACCCGCCCUGCCUCCCGCCAAGAAGCGUACGACCCCUUCGUGGACGACCAUGACCCGCCCCACCUCCCCACGCCCAUGCCAGGCUUGUACGACGCGUCGGGCAACCUCCUCCCUGAUCCGGCGGACGAGCCGAUGCUGCCCAUUGACAAGUACGAGGACAAGUAUGACGAGCACGACCCCAUUAUCCAGACCAACGCGCUGGCGCCGUUCGGCGCGUUUGCGGGGAUGCAGAAUCAGGAGCUGGUGAAUAUCCCGUAUAGGCCGAUGGAGCCGAGGUUGCGCAGGUGGGCAAAGAGCCAGAUUGCGCCGGAGGAUGUGGUGUUGCCGCUGUUGUUGAUUACGUUCCAGACUGGUGUAGUGGACGCGGCAACCAUCAAGGACUUUCAUACCUAUACGACCGGCCAGACAGGGAAUUCUAUUCUGAUGGUACUCGCCAUCUUUGGUCGACGUCCCUCCAACCUCCUCGCUGCCGGGCUAUCGGUCGCCGGUUUCGUCCUAUUCGCUGUGGUCUUUGGUCAACUAGGCAACACAUACGGGCAUAAGACUCGGGGCUGGCUCCUCUUCACCAUGUCCGUUCAAAUCGCACUCCUCAUCACCAACAUCAUCCUCGUCUCUCCCGCCCUAGCCGGUGUCCUGCCCGAAGGCGGCCCCUUCGAAUGGGCAGUCAUUUUCACCUCCGCCGCUGGUGGUGCCGGCCAAAUGGUCAUGGCCCAAAACUCUGGCGCCUCCGAAAUCAACACCGUCGGUCUGACCGGCCUCUACUGCGCACUCGGCUCGGAUCCCACCCUCUUCUCCAUCCUCUCCAAGCCACACGAAAUCAAACGCAACCGCCGACUUUGGUUCCUCGUCAUCUUCUGGGGCGGGUGCUUCAUGGGCGGCGCGAUCGCCACGUUUUCAGACAUGUGGAUCAGUCUGGUGCUCGCACUAGAGUGUAAGGUCGUCGCGCUGGGGAUGAUGAUGCUGAGUAGUGCAUUCGAGGUGCCGGAAGGGUGGGCGGAGCGGAAUGCCAGGAAGGAGAAGGAGAAGAAGGAGGAUAUCGAUGCGUGGGGGGAUUAG